AUGCAAAUUAACCUGACUAAUGCUCAUCCACAGGGCGCUUGGGGGAAUACAACAGUCACAUUACUCGUCCCAAUCCACGACAGUCAACAAGAAAGAGAACAAAUCAAUUUAUUGAAUAUCUUGGAAUCUGAGAGAGGGAACGGCAGAAGACAUCAAGUUGGUAGAGAACCCGUGGAAUUUUUCUGUGUUUCAAUGUACAGCAUUUGA